UUUGACGCUUUAAUUGCUGCGUGGAAAAUAACACUCGUACAUUUUACUCUGAAAGGUGCGGCCCGGAAGUAGUUUAAUGGCGACCAUGCGUCUUCUACCGUUUGUGUUUAUAUAUCCGAAUUAGUAUGAACGACCUGAUACACCACGAUGAACAGCUGUAGAAGACUAGUGUACAGUGACUGGAGCUCCGGCCUGAACGCCGUCUUCUCUCGGGUCACACAGCGGACAAACUGCCGGCGGGCUCCGGGGACAGCACCGUCCCUCAGCAGGAGCCAGUCCACCGCACCCAAACAAGCUCCGGGCACCCACACGGGAGAGAAACCCCGGGCGAGAGCCAUCGAUCUGGCCCGGAAGAUUCAGCAGGAGAGGGUGAAGCCGGCGGCGACAGAGCCUCCUGUGUCCGCUCAGCAGAAGAGGGUGACGGAGCUGAAGCGGUUCAGUCUGCAGCUGCAGAAGGUCCACCCUAACGUGCUGGCCAAACACCUCCACCGAAGCGUGCUGUACCAGGAUAAAGAUGUGGUGGUCAUUAAUAAGCCCUAUGGUGUUCCUGUCCGAGAUGACUCGGGGGUCACGUCCGUCUCCUCGGUGCUUCCUGUUCUCUCUAAAAUGAUGUAUGGGAUGAAGAUGAAGUCAUAUUCUGAGCUGCUGCCCUGUCUGGGACUGGAAAAGGAAGCGGCGGGAGCUCUCCUGCUAGCCAGGAGGGAAGAAGUAGUGGAGCACAUACUCAACCUUCACAGAAAUAACCAAGUUCAGAGAAAGUACUGGGUCAUCACAGUUGGUGUACCUGUGCCAUCUGAAGGAGUGAUUGACAUUCCCAUCAUAGAGCGAGAGGUCACAGGCUCACAGCCACACUACAAGAUGGCGCUAUCUCCUAUUUUCAAAAUGAAUGAUGCAGGCGACGGUGUGACCAAGGUGCGCGCCCAUCGGCAGGCCCACCCUGCAGUGACCAACUACAGAGUCCUGGACAGCAGCAGUGGUUGCAGUCUCGUGGAGCUCCAGCCCUUUACUGGCGUGAAGCACCAAAUGAGGGUUCACAUGGCAUUUGCUCUCGGUUGCCCCCUUAUAGGUGACCACAAAUAUUCCCACUGGAGCAAACUUGCCCCCCAGAAAUUACCGGACCGUGUGCUGGGAAAACUUGGACUGGAACAGAGCAAGAUCCGAUAUCUUCCACUUCAUCUGCUCGCUCAACAGCUCACACUGCCUGGAAGCAGUCAGGCAGACAUCAGCGUGUCAUGCCCCCUGCCAAAAUACUUCUCGCAAACAUUGAACAGACUGAAAUUAACUCCUCCUAAUAAAAAGGACUGAAAAUGA